CCAAACUUUCCUCGCCCUAACAUGUCAAAGCUGAAUCUGGUUGUGUGCGGGAGUGACGGGACAUUAAAAUCCUCGAUAUCAGAGCUGAUCCUGCAGCAGACAGAGAGAAGAUCAGACGUGGAAGUUCACGAUCAUCUGAUCAGUCUGGUGGAGCUUCCAGCUCUCAAUCAGCUCUCAGAUGAGGAAGUGAUGCGUCAGACUCUCCGCUGUGUGUCUCUCUGUCAUCCUGGAGUUCAUGUUUUCCUCCUCAUUGUUCCUGUUGGUCCACUGACAGAUGAAGCCAAAGCAGAAAUGGAGGUGAUCCAGAGGAUAUUUGACUCAAGAGAGCAUUUCAUGGUUCUCUUCACCUCAAAUCUCCCUGUUGAAGGACCAGUGGCAGAUUUAAUCAAAUCCAGCCCAGAAUUUCAGAGGUUAAUCAGUCGUUGUGGAGGUCAGUACAGAGUGAUGGGGUUAAAUGAACCUGAAAAUUCAAGACAGAUCCCAGAACUGCUGGUUUAUAUAGAGAACAUGAAGACUGAACCCUAUUCAUCAGAGAUGUAUGUGAAGGCUCAAGAGAACAGAGCCAGACAUGAAACAGAGAAGAAAUAUGAAGAGAAACUGAGGAAAAUGGAGAAUGAAAUAAAAGAAUUACAGCAGAAGAUGGAGUCAGAGGGUGCUGAAGUUGAAACAGAUGAUCUGAAGUCUUUGAGGAUUGUGCUGAUCGGGAGAACAGGAAAUGGAAAGAGUGCAACAGGAAACACUAUUCUAGGAAGAUAUGAGUUUGUGAGUGAAGUAAGUCUCGAUUCAGUGACAACUGUUUGUCAGAAGGGAGUUGGAGAAGUUAAUGGUCGAUCAGUAGCUGUUGUUGAUACUCCAGGUCUCUUUGACACAACACUGUCAAAUGAUCAAGUGGUGGAAGAAAUAGUGAAAUGUGUUUCAUUGUCAUCACCUGGACCUCAUGUGUUUGUCGUUGUGUUGAGUGUGAAAAGAUUCGACCAGGUUGAGAUGGACACUGUGGAUCUGAUAAAGAAGAUCUUUGGAUCAAAAGCUGCUCAGUUCAGCAUCGUUCUGUUCACUAGAGGAGACGAACUAAAGAAUAAGUCCAUAGACAAAUAUAUGAGUGAAAGUAAGUCUGCUGAACUAAAGAAACUGAUCAGAGAUUGUGGAAACAGAUUCCUGGUUUUUAAUAACAAUGAUAAACAAGACAAAACUCAAGUCAUUCAACUGUUAAACAUGAUAGAAGAGGUGAAAAAAACUAAUGAGUGUCGAUACUUCACUAACAGCAUGUUUGAGGAGGCAGAGAUGUCCAUUAAAAAGAGAAUGGAGGAAAUACUGAAAGAAAGAGAAAGAGAAAUUCAGACUCAACAUGAGAAACUGAGAGUCAAAUAUGAGACAGAAAUGGAAGAACUCAAGAAGAGACUGGAAGAUGAGAAAAGAAACGCAGGUGAGGAGAGAAUACAAAGAGAGAAUGAGUUCAGACAAAAAGAGCAAAGACUAUUAAAAGAUUUAGAAGAAAAACAUAAAAUAGAAAAACAGGUACAAGAAAUUGAGAACCAGAAACGAUUAAAGGAGGAAAAAGAGCAAAAAGCUGAAUAUGAUGCAAAAUUUGAAGAGAUGAAGAAAGAAAUUAAAAAUCAGAGAUCACAGUAUGAAAAACAGCAAAAAGAAAGAGAAGAAGAAAACAGAAAGAGAGAAGAGAAAUACAGACAAGAUCAAGAAAAGAUGAAAAAUGAACAGGAACGCAUCAUAGCAGAAUUACAGAUGAGACAAGGAGAGGAAAUGAAAAAGAGAGAAUCUGAGGAGAGAAAGAGGAAUGAAGAAGAAGAGGAGGAUGCAGGCACAGCAAAGCGCUUUCGAGGAUCUGGCACUGGAGUGAGUUUUGGGGCUGGAGCCGGCUCUGGGGGGCGCUCUAGAGACGAAGGAGGGCUGGAUGGGACCAGUGGAGGCGAAGGAGACGAUGGAGAGCUGGACGGCACCAGCGGAGACGAAGGAGACGAUGGAGACGAUGGAGAGCUGGAUGGAACCAGCGGAGACGAAGGAGACGAAGGAGACUCAGGAGACGAAGGAAAGCUUUCUAGAGCGGAUUCUGGGGUCACAUGA